AUGGCGUCGCUGGACGGAGAGCUGUUCUGGACCGCCGCGCAGCCCAUCGUCAAGGUGGUGCUGCUGUGCGGCGUCGGCGCCGUUGCCGCCAGGAGGGGCCUGCUGCCCCCCGAGAUGCGGCGCUACCUGAGCGCGCUGAUUUUCAACAUCUUCAUCCCCUGUCUCCUCUUCGACUCCCUGGUGCCCGUCAUCGACACAGAGAGCGUGCGCGACUGGUGGCCCCUCCUGCUGUGCAUCCUCCUCGCGGUGGUGACGGGGUUCGGGGUCGGCUGGCUGGUGGGGCUGUGCACGCGGUGCCCCAAACACCUCCGGCGAGUGCUCGUCGCCGCAGUAGGCCUCGCGAACGUCGGGAACCUCCCUCUCGUGCUGAUAGAGGAGCUCGGGCGCGACGAGGAGUCCCCGCUCGCCGGCCUCGGGCGCCGCGGGCUGGGCUACGUGGGGGUGACGCUGGCGCUGGCCACGCUCUCGCACUUCCUGCUCGGGUACCAGCUCCUCAAGCCGCGGCCCGGGGAGCGGAUCGGGGGCGGGCAGGGCCCGUCGCAGGCGGCGAGCGUCCGCCGCCCGGGCGGCGACGAGGGGGCCAGUCCGAAGCGGCGUGCGUCGGACCCGGGCGCGGAGCACUCGAGCCAGAGCACGGAGUCGCUCGGGCGCGCGGUCGACGCGGCGGCGCAGCGCGCGGGGUCGCAGCACAAGCCGGAGCACGCGGAGGCGGAGCGGGCGAACAGCGCGCACGUGUCGGUGAGCCCCCCCGCGGCGGCGAAGAAGGCGGGGGGGCUCGGGGCCGGGCUGACGCGGCUGUUCACGCAGCUGGGCGGGCACUGGCCGUCGCAGAAUAGCCUGACCGCCUCGGGCGACGAGGAGGCGCGGGCGCCGCGGGGGGCGUCGCGGCUGGUGCGCGCGUGGGCGUGGUGGGGGGCGGUGGCGCAGCGCUGGCACCUGAAGGAGGUGUUCACGCCGCCGACGGUGGCGACGCUCCUGUCGUUCGUGGUCGGGUUCGCGGAGCCCGUGAAGUGGGAGUUUUUCCGCAAGCCGGGCAGCGACAACGACCCGGCGCUCAAGGUGGUGACGUCGGCGGUGCGGUCGCUGGGGCAGGCGGCGAUCCCGUCGAUGAUGGUGGUGCUGGGGUCGAACAUCCAGAACGGCCCCCCGCGGGAGUGCGAGCUGUCGUGGUACACGGUGCUGGCGACGCUGGUCUGCAAGCUGGUGCUGCUGCCCGGGGUGGGGGUGCUGCUGGUGUACGGGGGGUACAGCGUGGGGGCGUUCAAGGCGCCGGACCCGGCGUUCCUGUUCGUCAUGUUCAUCACGUGGUCGAUGCCCAGCGCCAUCAACCUCCAGACCAUGAGCAACAUGUCGGGCUACGCGGUGGCCGAACUGAGCACGCUGCUCUUCUGGCAGUACGUCGCGUGCAUCGCCGUGCUCCCGCCCUUCCUCACCCUGUACCUGUCGCUCUCGGACGAGGUCGCGGUCUCGGAGAGCUGA